AUGUCUGACGAUGAUUUCAUGAUGGACUCUGGUGGUGAGGAGGAGGACUACGACUUCCAGUACGAAGAAGACGACGACGAAGAGUCCGGCGACGUCGACAUCGAAAACAAAUACUACAAUGCCAAACAGAUGAAACAAACCGAUCCCGAAGAUGCCAUCGUCGAAUUCCUAGGUGUCGUAGCCCUGGAGCCCGAAAAGGGAGACUGGGGUUUCAAAGGUCUCAAACAGGCCAUAAAGAUCGAAUUUAAGCUUAAGGACUACGAUGCUGCCGUCGACCACUACAAAGAACUCCUCACCUACAUCAAAUCCGCCGUCACCCGUAACUACUCCGAAAAAUCAAUAAACAACAUGCUAGACUUCAUCUCCCUCUCGAAUGAUCCCGCAGAUAUGGUCUGUAUGGAGAAAUUCUACGCUUUAACCCUCGACUCCUUCCAAGGUUCUGCCAACGAACGUCUAUGGCUCAAGACAAAUAUCAAGCUCGCCCGUCUAUGGUUGGACCGAAAAGAAUAUCAAAGACUGAGCAAGAGUAUCAAAGAGUUACACCGUGCUUGUCAAAGGGAAGAUGGGUCGGACGAUGCUUCUAAGGGUACAUACUUAUUGGAGGUUUAUGCGUUGGAGAUUCAGAUGUUGUCUGAGCAGAAGAAUAAUAAACGGCUGAAGGGAUUGUAUAAUAAGUCUCUUGCUGUCAAGUCUGCUGUACCACAUCCCAAGAUUAUGGGUGUUAUCAGAGAAUGUGGCGGGAAGAUGCACAUGAGUGAAGAAAACUGGAAGGAAGCACAAAUGGACUUCUUUGAAGCUUUCAGGAACUACGACGAAGCCGGCUCAAUGCAACGUUACCAGGUUCUCAAAUACCUCGUCCUCACCAGCAUGCUUGUCAAGUCCGAAAUCAACCCCUUCGACUCCCAGGAAACCAAACCAUACAAAUCCGACCCCCGCAUCGUCGGCAUGACCGACCUCGUCGACGCUUACCAACGCCAAGACAUCAAAAACUACGAACUAAUCCUCCAAAAACACAAAGACCAAAUCCUUGACGACCCUUUCAUCCGCGAACACAUCGACGAAGUCACUCGAAACAUCAGAACCGAAGCUUUACUCAAAUUAAUCAAACCCUUCACUCGUUUCACCCUUGCAUUUAUUGCAAAGGAAUUACAGAUUACGGUUGAAGAAGUUCAAGAUAUCUUGGGCUUUUUGAUAUUGGAUAAGAAGGUCCAUGGGAAGAUUAAUGCGAAUAACGGGACGGUAGAGAUUUCGAGUAGAUCUGAUGUGGAGAGAAUGGAGGCUAUGCAGGAGUGGAGUGCUAGUUUGGGAUUGUUGUGGAGUACGGUGUUUGCACCUGGUGAUAGCGGGAGAGGUGGUGGUGGUGGAGGUGGGGAAGAGAGUUCAGGAAUAGGUAGGGCUGUUUAUGUUUAA